AUGCCUCCAGAGCGGCAACCUGCACAAAAGCGCCGGCACCUCCCCUUCAAACCGCCCAGUCGAGCCUCAUCAACAACAGCCGGCGCAUCCAAACCGUCAAGCAGCACUAAACCAACUACCACAAAGCCCACCAAGCCAACCACAACCGGCGCAUCCUCAAAACCAAAAACGUCAGCGUCCUCGUCAAAGACAACAGCCAACCGCCGAAAAGUAAACCCCUCCCCACCUUCAGACGCAUCCGAUGACGCAGCAACCUCCUCCGACUCAGACUCCGAACACCGCAACUUCGACCACGAGACCAACUCCGCCGACGAGGCGGACUACAUCCUCGCCGAAAUCACACAUCACAAGGAUCCAGACGCCGAAGAAGUGAUUUCGUCCGAGCCCCUGAUCCCGCAGAAGCUCCUGACAAAGCUACUCCAUCACCACUUUCGCAAGGAGAAGACGAAGAUCGCCAAAGAUGCGAAUGCGGUUGUUGCAAAGUAUAUUGAUGUCUUUGUGAGGGAGGCUGUUGCGAGGGCGGCCUAUGAAAGGUCAGAGAGUGGCACAGAUGGUGGUCUGGGAGACGGGUUUUUGGAGGUUGAGGAUCUGGAGAAGAUGGGACCGCAGCUUGCUAUGGAUUUUUGA